CCGCCGAGCCGCCGCCGCCGCCAUGCCCUCGGCCAAACAAAGGGGCUCCAAGGGCGGCCACGGCGCCGCGAGCCCCUCGGACAAGGGCGCCCACCCGUCGGGCGGCGCGGAUGACGUGGCGAAGAAGCCGCCGGCGGCGCCGCAGCAGCCGCAGCCUCCCGCGCCGCACCCGCCGCAGCACCCGCAGAACCAGGCGCACCGGGGCGGCCACCGCGGCCGGUCCUCAGCCGCCACCGCCAACGCGUCCUCCGCGUCCUGCUCGCGCAGGCUUGGCCGGGUGCUCAACUUUCUCUUCUACCUCUCCCUGGUGGCGGCGGCCGCCUUCUCGGGCUGGUAUGUCCAUCACGUCCUGGAGGAGGUCCAGCAGGUCCGGCGUGGCCACCAGGACUUCUCCCGUCAGAGGGAUGAGCUGGGCCAGGGCUUGCAGGGCGUCGAGCAGAAGGUCCAAUCCCUGCAAGCCACAUUUGGGACUUUCGAGUCCCUCCUGAGAAACUCCCAGCAUAAACAGGAUCUCACAGAGAAAGCCGUGAAGGAAGGGGAGAGCGAGCUCAACCGAAUUAGCGAAGUUCUACAGAAGUUGCAGAAUGAGAUUCUCAAAGAUCUGUCGGACGGGAUCCACGUGGUGAAGGAUGCCCGGGAGCGGGACUUCACGUCCCUGGAGAACACAGUCGAGGAGCGCCUGACGGAGCUUACCAAGUCUAUCAAUGACAACAUCGCCAUCUUCACUGAUGUCCAGAAGAGGAGCCAGAAGGAGAUCAAUGAGGUCAAGAUGAAGGUGGCCUCCCUGGAAGAAUCCAAGGGGGAUCGCAGUCAGGACGUGAAAACUCUGAAGGACGCCGUGAAGGAGGUCCAGGCCUCCAUGAUGUCGAGGGAGAGGGACAUUGAGGCCCUGAAGAGUUCCCUUCAGACGAUGGAGUCCGACGUCUACACAGAGGUGCGGGAACUGGUGAGCCUCAAGCAGGAGCAACAGGCGUUCAAGCAGGCGGCCGACUCAGAGCGCCUGGCUCUGCAGGCCCUCACGGAGAAGCUUCUGCGGUCCGAGGAGUCCUCCUCUCGUCUCCCAGAGGACAUCCGGAGACUGGAGGAAGAGCUACAGCAGCUGAAGGUCGGGGCCCAUGGGUCAGAGGAAGGUGCCGUCUUCAAAGACUCCAAAGCCUUAGAGGAACUGCAGAGGCAGAUUGAGGGCCUGGGUGCCAGGCUCCAGUAUGUAGAGGACGGGGUCUACUCAAUGCAGGUGGCUUCUGCACGCCACACCGAAAGCCUGGAGUCGCUCCUGUCCAAGAGCCAGGAGUACGAGCAACGCCUGGCUAUGCUGCAGGAGCACGUGGGAAACCUGGGCUCCUCAUCUGACCUGGCCAGCACAGUCAGGAGCCUGGGGGAGACCCAGCUGGCGCUGUCCAGCGACUUGAAGGAGCUGAAGCAGAGCCUGGGUGAGCUGCCCGGUACCGUGGAGUCACUGCAGGAGCAAGUGCUCUCACUGCUCAGCCAGGACCAAGCCCAGGCCGAGGGCUUGCCUCCUCAGGACUUCCUGGACAGACUGUCCUCUCUAGACAACCUGAAAUCCUCAGUGAGCCAAGUGGAGUCAGACUUGAAAAUGCUCAGGACUGCCGUGGACAGUUUGGUGGCCUAUUCCGUCAAAAUCGAAACGAAUGAGAAUAACUUAGAGUCAGCCAAGGGCUUGCUGGAUGACCUGCGGAACGACCUGGAUAGGUUGUUUCUGAAAGUUGAGAAGAUCCAUGAAAAGAUCUAAGUGAACUGCGUGUGUGGGCACAGUUUCUUACGACCAAAACCAAACAAACAAAAAAAACAAAACAAAAAAAAUCCCAUUGUUUUCUCCCAGGUGCCCUCUCAUCACCUUCUCGCCCCUCCCCCACCCCAUGGAAAGUAGCAGAUACCGACUGGACACCGCCCUGGUUUUCUGUGCCCAGUUAAUUUAUUUGCAGUUAUUACCACACACCUUUGGUUUCUUAAGUCCUGUUUCUGCUUUUGGUUUGGCUUCCUGAAGGCCCAGCCAGCCCUGUGCAGAAAAGGAUGUGUCUCCUGUUAGAAAGAUGACAGUGGCUUUAACUGGGGAUUAUCAGGAAGCAGAUUAACCUAAAAAAAGAUCCUGUCAGGCAGUCAAAUUUAUAGUAAAAUAGAAAAACAACAAAGGACAGGUGGGGGGCACUUUUUAAAAAAUUUUUUAAGGAAAAUUAAUUUUAUUGGUUUGUUGUUUUUGUUUUUGUUUUUUGUUUUUUUAUACUCCUGGCCAGGGUUUUUAGAAGCUGUCUCAUUCUUGUCUUCCAUUUAGAACUGGUAAAAACUCCUAGAGGUCAGCUCUGAAUGGGCGAAAGAGGACCCCACAUCCACCCCCAACCUGCCUGAGAGUCACUCUCAGAGGCGUGGUCUCUCUCCAUUCCCUAAUCCAAUCAAACGGUAACUAUGCAAAUUCAGUAGGUCCUGAAGGCCCAGUGCACUUCUGGUCCUGGUGACCCACCUGUGUCAUCAGGCUAGGAGGGGUCACCAUGUGCGUUUGGAGGGGGUGUUCUUUGGGUUCUGAUGUGAGAGCUGUAUUUUCCACAGAGGAUUUGGGCAUCUUCCCGAGAGAUGUGGGCCAGGUCUUUUUGUUUUAUCACAGCGUCUCUGGAGAGGCCUCCCUUCGCCUCGCCCGGCCCCCAUCUGUCAGUGAGGAUCACGUGGGCUGCGUUUCUGUAAUUGUUCUCCAUGUACCCUUGCCCUUUGAGAUGUAUUGUUUUUGAUGGCUGCCUUGCCCUUCCACUCCCUCUCCCCUCCCCCCAAAAAAAAGGAAAGAAAAAAAAAACAGAAAAAGCUGAAAAGAAAACCAAGAUUUGUUAGUUUACUGUGAAAUGAACUGUAUGGCUUCUUUACAGUAUUUUUAAUUCUUAAUAAACACUUGAGCUUUGUUAUGACCUUCA